AUGGAUUUCGAAAAGGUGCAAAAGGCUGUGAAAAUGGCCGAAACGGAGAUGAAAUCGAAUGCACAAAGAAAGAAGGAAAGCAUCAAAGAGGUGACGUUGAUGAUGGAGGAGUUUGUUCAGAACGCUGCGAGAAGAGGUGAAGUUUAUCCAUCUGAAAAGGCGGGAAUGGAGGAAAAACUGCAGUGGUUAAAGAAUCGAUUCCACACCGUUUUGAAAGACAUCAACUGCAUCAGCGCGCAAACGGAAAACAACUUGCGAUCGGCGCUUGAAUUCGAAGUUUUUCAAGUGAUCGACGAAGCGCAAAAAAACGGUGUUCUCGUGGACUUGGAUGUCAAGGAAUUUGUCGAGGGGCUUUGGCCGAAGGUUGAUGAGAAGGAGAUUCAAGAGGAAGAUACAGUCACGUGGAUAAAACGGGCGGCAAAGACAAUAAAUCGCGGACAGCCGGAAUCGUCGAAAAAACCAGUGUCGUUUGUUGACUACAUCGGAAUGGAACUGGGCGGAGAAGUCCGAGGCAUCUCCCUAAAGCAACUGGAACUCCAAGAACAAGAAGCAAUCAAGGAAGACCUCCGCCGCGAGAACGAGCGAAAACGAGAAGAAAUUCGACGAAAAGUAGAGCAACAGAAAAAGGAGGACGAUGAAAGAUUCAUAAAGGAAAGAAACCAAGAAGUGCGAAAAAUGAUGAGAGAGAAAGGCCGUGAUUUCAACUUUACGGCUGAAGUUUUGGACGAAUUCAUUGAAAUAGCUGAGCAAACUGUGAAAAAGAGAUGGGACGAUGAAAUGGAUCAGCAAUUUUCAGCUGCAGAGGAGACUCAGGAAGAACAGCCUGCCCAAGCUGAGGAAGAGGAAACCCUAGUUGAGGAAGAAGAUUUCGCCGAAGAAGACGACUGGACCGCGGAAGAGGACGAAGAAACCGAGGGGGAAGAUUCUGAUUCAUCAUACGAAUUCCUCUCUUCAGUAGUUAUACCAGUUUCGUCGAAUAUUGACGGACCGCCAAAAAUGGAACAAUUAUACGAUUUUGAAUGCCAGUACCGGUAA